UUUAUGAUUAGACCGGGAUUCCAUGAUGGCAGUAAAUUCUUUCUAUAUAAGUUGGGCCUUAAUUAAUCUGGUCUCUGUUGAAUUAGUGAAUCUUGGGCUCAACUUGGGCCUCAAUUACUGGCCCAAUAAAGUGACUAUUAAAAUAUCCAAGCCCAUUGCUCAAUCUUUCUUUCACUCUCUCACUCUGUAACACACGACACAAAGCAACUCGCAACUCAAACCUUGCAACUAGUGGUUAUGGCCUAUCUCCUCCACCUCUCCACCACCCCUAAAACCUUAAUCCCCAAAUCUUACAUUCCUUCUGGGCGCGCCUUCCCCUUAACCCUGUACGCCUGGUCACUCUCCUUUCCUCAAUUUGUCAACCAAAAAUCCAACCCAACCCCCGCCACAGAUCGGUUGAUCUCUGCCGUCGCUUACACCUUUCCUUUCUUCAACUCCCUCUAGUACGAUCGCUACUUGUUUGUGCAAUUUACCAAAUUGGGUCUCCUCUUGGAACCCUUGAUCUUGUUGUUGACCCAGUCGAACUUCAUGGCCUUCUUCGCCCUUUACUUAGGCAUCGUUAAAAACCCAAACUUCAACCAUUAUGUGCAGUUCAAUGCGAUAUAGGCGGUGAUACUGGACGUGGUGUUGGUGCUGCCGUUGCUCGUCCAGAGGAUUUUCAGUCCGGUAGGGUACAAGCUCAUGGUAUGGGGGCAUAAUGGUAUUUUCGUCAGCGUCUUUUUACUCGUUUAUGGUUUGGUUAGCUGUAUUUUGGGUCGGACUUCGUACCUGCCCUUCGUUGCUGAUGCCGCUGGUCGGCAGCUUUGA